UUAGAUUCCACAGCAGGGGCAGACUGACCAUUUGGAAACUCGGGCACUGCCCGAGGGCCAGGGGUCAGUAAAGGGCCCCAUGAGAUGCCCCUGGUACCUUUUUCAUAGGCUUUUUUGAGUUUGGGCAAGGACACAGGGGCCCCAUGAUCCCCUAUUGCCCGGGGGCCCCAUGAGUUGUCAGUCUCCCCCUGUUCCACAGGUUAGGGUUUUGAGUGUGAACCUUCGCACGCUCAGAUCCAAGAUUGAGUGUGCGAAUGAUGACAGAGCAAUUGAACAUGAAAAGGGA